AUGAACAGUAUGGACCAGGACAGGGUGAACAGUAUGGAGCAGGACAGGUUGAACAUUAAGGACCAGGACAGGGUGAACAAUAUAGACCAGAACUGGAUGAACAGUAUGGACCAGGACAGGUUGAACAGUAUGGACCAGGACAGGGUGAACAGUCGGGACCAAGACAGGGUGAACAGUAUGGACCAGGACAGGGUGAACAGUAUGGACCAGGACAGGGUGUGCAGUAUGGACCAAGACAGGAUGAACAGUAUGGUCCAGGGAAGGGUGAACAGUAUGUGCGAGGACAGGGUGAACAGUAUGGACCAGGACAGGGUGAACAGUAUGUACGAGGACGGGGUGAACGGUAUGGACCAGGACAGGGUGAACAGUAUGGACCAGGUCAGGGUGAAUAGUAUGGACCACGACAGGGUGAAGAGUAUGGACCACGACAGGGUGAACAGUAUACACCAGGACAGCGGUGAACAGUAUGGACCAGGACAGGCUGAACAGUUUAAACCAGGAAAGGGUGAACAGAUUGGACCAGGACAGGGUGAACAGUAUGGACCAGGACAAGGUGAACAGUAUGAACAAGGACAGGGUGAACAGUAUGGACCAGGAGAGGUUGAAGAGUAUAGACCAUGA